AUGGGAAGAGCUCCAUGUUGUGAUAAAUCAAAAGUGAAAAGAGGAUCAUGGUCCCAGGAAGAAGAUGCUAUUCUCAAAAACUAUCUUCACAAACAUGGCACAGCUGGUAAUUGGAUAGCUCUUCCUCAAAAAGCAGGUCUAAAGCGUUGUGGAAAAAGUUGUCGUUUAAGAUGGUUGAACUAUUUGAGGCCUAAUAUCAAGCUUGGAGGUUUCACUGAGGAAGAAGAUAAUAUAAUCUUCAACCUCUAUAGCACCAUAGGAAGCAGGUGGUCCCUUAUAGCAGCUCAACUAGCAGGAAGAACAGACAAUGAUGUGAAGAAUCAUUGGAACACUAAACUUAAGAAAAAGUUUUUGGCACAAAACUCAUCCACAAGCAACAAUAUAUACACUUUCAGCAAUACUGCUGAUACUACUACUACUAGUUCUGACCACUUCUCAAGUACUUUGACUUUUCAACCUCAACUUGAAAAACCCUUUGUCUUUGAUCAAAACAUGAACACGUCUUAUUUUGAUUCAUACAAUGUUAUGGAUUUGGAUCAAACACCAAUUGGUAUUCCUUUACCAAUGACAGUGAAAUCAGAAGCUUUGUAUGCUGGUAGCAGCUUGAGUAGUAGCUGUAGUACUACACCAACCACCAUGGAAAUUUCAAGUUUUUCAAGUGCACCCUUCUUAGAAGAUAAGAACAAUCAUAGUCAUUGGUUUGGGAAUGAUCAUGAUGAUGCAAUUCUUCUUGAAUUUGUUCUUGAAGAUUUUUUAAACCUUGACCCUCAUCUGACUAACUAA